AGGAGCUUUGAUUCUACAGAAUCUGCACAGAAAAUUUGUAAACAUGACGUUGUUGUGGGGAAAACACUCCUAGAUGUGCGUUUUUACUUCCUUGAAGACGCAUUCGUAGAAUUUAAAUCUUCUUAUUCCGUCAAAGUCAUAUCAACACGCAAAUGUCAUAAAAGUAUCUCUCUAUAAAACUAAAGAAAAUAUUUUGACGCUCAUAAAUUAUUUAAAUGUAGUUUGUCAGUUUAUCAUUUGUUACGUUAGCAACACAAGUUAGUUGAUGAUGAGAGAGAACAUGGCGAGGAUAAUUCAAGUUAUAUUAUUUGCUGCCAAAAUUUAUUCUUUUCAAUGUUUUGUGAACUGGCAAUAUGGUUAUCCUCAAUCUUACAGCGCUCACUGGUCUGUGACUUAUUCUUCCCACCAGAAUUGCGCAAAAGAUUGCUACACCAGGAAGAGAGAUGUAGAAAGAAAAGUGAUUUUUGCAUCAACGCAGGGUUCAAGUUGCUACUGCAGUAUAGAGAAUGGCGGAACUAUAACCAGCAGUAGUAGCUAUCAGCAUGUGCAUUUUAAUUUUGACCCUUUCACCAUUUCGCAAAAUGUUCUUGAAGUAUCAUCAUCGUAUGAGCCUAUGAUCUCACAACGCAUUUACGUUCGAGGAAAUGAUUUGAGCACGAUCCAUGGAUUUGAAAGCCUGAGCACGCCUUUAGAAGAAUCAAAGUACGCUGUUAUUUCUUCUACAACUCCUAUCACUGCUGUUGUACCGGUGAAAGUUUUGAAUUAUAAGAGACAUGAUGUGACAAGAACUGAAAGUAAAUAUGUCUUGACACCUGAUCCAGGAGAAGGUUUUCUUCACCCGCAUGCAAGUACAAUUAUAAAGAUAUCAGACAAUGAUGAUGCAGCUAGCAGCACAUUAUAUUUCGCUACAAUCCAGUCAAAUGAUAGAAUGAUCAGUGUUGACAUAACAAAGCCACUCACCAUCACACGAAGUAAUCCAUUUCAAUGCAAUAUAACUUUUAAUGAAUCUAAAUCUUAUGUGGAUCCAACAACGAGUGAGUUCGUUGUUACCAUUGCUCUUACAACAGACGCUACCUGCAAUAAAAACAUGAAAGAUCUUACUAUAAUGCUGAGCAAUGAAGCCUAUGUAGAACCCGAAGUAAACACAACUCCUCAUCCGUAUUGCAUGACUCCAACAUCAAUGAUGAGAAGUCAUAACAAUGUCAACGUAUUUUACUCCAGAUUGUACAUAUUUUCAUAUAUCUGCGUGACUGUACGGUAUAAAGGAAGCAGUAAAAGCAUUGGGGAUGCCGCUGGAUCAAAACUGAUGACUGUUCACAGCCUUUUCGCCUACACUGCCUAUUCCAAUAGUGCAGAAGUGAAAGAAAAAAUCCAGAAGACAUACAAAACAUUUAUAAGCAACAAUGUCAGGGGGUAUUAUAUCCAAGAUUCUGAGUCUGGACUUUGUCUGAAGAGUGAACCGGAUGGUAAUGUCGUACUUACAGAGCACCCACACUGCACAUACUUCAAAGAAAUUCCAUAUAACCUUAUGACGACACAUGGUCUCUGCAUCGACAAAGGUCCCUCUGCUAUCAACAGUGAAAAAUGUGAAAAAGAAAUGCGAAUGAAAUUUUUAAACGGAAAAUUUCAGUUUCUGAGUGAUGAUACGUAUUUUACUGUUCCUAAGGCAAGUGCACUUAAUACUGAAGUAACCGCUUCAACUGGAAGUGUUUUUCACAAGAUUUCUGCAAGUUUUGGAAUAAAGGGAGAAACGAACAACCGUGCAGUUCCUAAGAAUCCUGACUUGCAUGAUAUUACUAUUUUGUAUGUUGAAGAAAGUUUUGUUGCGUGUAAUUAUAACAGUGAUAGGGAGUAUCGGUGCAUACGGUACACAAUGGCCGAAAAGAAAGUCUGGAAUUUCCCUCCACAAUUUGCAAAUAUUCUUGGAUAUGAUUCGACAAAAAAAAGGUAUUAUGGCAAAACAAAGACUGGAGCGUUCAUCAUGGUGCAAGAAGAUAAAAAACAUUCUAUAUAUCAUAUCAGGCAAGCUACUUGGGAAAGUAUAAAAAAUGCCAGUACCACAACAAAAGUAAAUGUUUAUUCCAGAAGUGAUUUAGCAACUGCCAAAGUGAGCUCGGCUUUUUCAGCUCCUUCCAGUUUUUCAGUUACGUAUCUUGGACUUUAUGAUGAUUCAUCAUACACACAUGUUAUUCUCUGGUUUGCUGCUGAAGAUUGUGCUUCUACAGUUGGCACGAAUGCUGACAAUGCAUUAAAUAACUGCGAAGAAACAAAGAAGUAUUGUAAAGCAACACGAUCACGUGUUUAUUACAUGAGUACUCUUGCAAACCCUCCGACACAUGGACAGGUUUAUUGUGAUAUGGAGACUGAUGAGAAUGGGUGGAUGUUGGUAUCGAACUAUACGGUUUUAAAUAGGGUAUUUCCGACGUUAACAUUCACAACUGAUAUAUUUGCCGUAGUUUCAUCAGGCUUUGCCAUGCACAUUGAGCCUGAAAGUCUGCAAACUGUAUGGUCAGAAAUGGGAUUCAGCAAGGUUCGAUUUUACUGUAACAUCGACAAACCAGCCAGGACAGUACAUCUUCGAACGCUGAACACCAACACGGAUUCUUUAAAGCUUAUUGACUGGUUAAAGGUUUCAGUACUCGCGACAUAUCAAGCACCUGCAUGUACUACCUAUGAAACAUACCCUGAUAAUACCGCAUUUGUUACAGGAAUGUGUGAUCAAUGGGAUGGAGGAAAAGGAUAUUGGGGAUCACCAUCUAAACAGCCUACAAGUUUGUAUCACAACACAUUCCAUACACCCCAGCAUUCUUGGUGGGUGGGAAGCAUUAGUUGUCAUUGUGAUACAGGAGCUGGAUCUGAACUUUUAUUUCAAGAUGGCACAUGGCAAAUUUACGUGGCCUAAAAUGUUACGUAGUGACAGUCUUGAUCCAUAAUUUUUUUAGUGCCGAAAAGCACGGUUCACUUUUGUUUCUAUUAUGUAAUUAUUACAACAUUGUUCCGUUUUGUGUAUUAUCUGUUUGGAAUAUAACCUUUUCAGCUUCAGAUAAACGCUGUGGUAUGACAUUCUAAAAGGAUAUAAUCAUUAUUUAAUUAAUGAAUCGAUGGUUAGUCUUAACGAGUUAUUUUUUAUGUCGAAGUAUUAUACUGUAUUUAUGGGACAAUUUUUAUUUGUUGUUAUAUAUUUGUGAACGUAGAGGUACUAUAAAACCUUUUUUUUUACUUAAGAUUUUUUUUUAAUUUAUGAAAAGAUGGAUUAUUAGCGAAAUUUAAUAAAGAUGAGGUUUUUAUGCAUAUAUUUAAACUUGGUUGUAUUCACGGAUAAUUGUUUUUAAAAAAGGCUUUUAUGAUUUUGGGUGAAAAUGACCUGUAUCGAAAGCUAAAAAUACGCAAAUAAAUCCAGCAAAAAUGUAUACAUGCUAUUUAUUGAUUCACUGACGGUCGCUGACAAAAACAAUUAAUUCCUAAUUCGCUUUGCGUAAACAAAAUUAACCUUAUUUAUUUCUCUGCAGACAGACUUAAAAAAAUAAUAGAAUUGUUUUAAAAAGAGGAGUUGUAUUCAAAAGUAAGUGUCAUUUUGUGAAGUCGGAUUAUGUUUCAUAUGUAAAACCUGAUGAUUUUAAAACAAACGUUUAUGUCAUAUUUUAAAAGUAUUCCAAACCAAAGUCGUAAUAGCCGUCUGGUCAUACUAUAUGGUACAUUGCUCGAAUUAUUCCUACUCCCGCAUUUUAGCUGAAAUCCAAAUAACCAAAUAACUUCGGUAAAACCAAUUUUUUCAGCUUCAGAUAAACGCUGUGGUAUGACAUUCUAAAAGGAUAUAAUCAUUAUUUUUUGCGCCACAGAUUUUUUCCCAAGAAUUACUUUUACGCAGUUAAAAAAGGAUAAAUAUGUUUCGAAUCUGUUCAAUACCCUAGUGCAGUAAGUAUUGUAUAAUUAUUGUAUAAAAAGUUCGAAAGUGCAGUGCGUUUAAAAUUCACUACAAAGAAUGUUGGUAGCUAUCCUUUUUAAAGGAAUAUGGAUAAUAAGCUUUUCCACAUCUUCCUUCUGGAGUUCGAAGAACUGGCAUAGAAGACCUGAAAAAUGUUGUGAAUUAAUGAAUUGAUGGUUAAUUAUAACGAGUAAUUUUUAUGUCGAAGUAUUAUACUGUAUUUAUGGAACAAUUUUUAUUUGUUGUUAUAUAUUUGUGAACGUAGAGGUACUAAAAACCUUUUUUUUUUGUUUAAGAUUUUUUUUGAUUUAUGAAAAGAUGGAUUAUCAGCGAAAUUUAAUAAAGAUGAGGUUUUUAUGUAUGUAUUUCAACUUGGUUGUAUUUACGGUUAUUACAUGACUGAUACAAAAAACCAGUUAGUAUGAAAA